UUCAGAAAAUCAUCGAAACAUUUCCUUGAAUUUUCAGUAAUUUUCGGGGUGUUUUGUUCCAAAAGUCGUAAAAUUUUUAAAAGCGAACGUUCCUUAAGUGAUAUUUUAUGAAAAACUCGUGAUAAAUAAAGUUAAUUUUGUGAAAAUAACAACUACGGAGUAAAGAAAGAAAAGAAAGAUGGCAUCUUAUCAAAUGGGCAAACACACAUUAAAAGUGCCAAUGACACUGUUCAAGGAAAAUCGUGCAAAAUUAAUCGGCGAACUGAAAAAAGUCAAUCGUCUCGAUAACAAGGCACUCGUGCUGUUGGAAGGCGGCGAUAGCUUGAGUUUGUACGACACCGAUGUCGAUUACGUUUUUCGUCAGGAGUCCUUUUUCAACUACUUGUUUGGCGUAACGGAACCCGGCUGUUUUGGUCUCGUCGAAGUGGCAUCCGGGGCAGCAACUUUGUUCGUGCCACGUUUACCGGAAGAGUAUGCCGUGUGGAUGGGACGUCUUUUGACACUGGAAGACUUCAAAAAGAAAUACGAAGUUGAUCAUGUUUUCUACGCUGAUGAGAUCGAUCAAGUCAUCGGAGGAAAAAAGCCAUCUGUAAUUCUGACAUUGAGCGGCAAAAACUCAGAUAGCGGUCUCGCCUUCAAGCCAGUGGUUUUCAAAGGAAUCGAGAAAUAUGUCAUCGAUACGGACAUUCUUUAUCCAAUUCUCUGUGAAUGUCGUGUCAUCAAAUCACCCGCUGAAAUCGAAGUUUUGCGUUAUGUGGCUCGCAUUUCAUCUGAAGCUCAUAAAAAAGUCAUGCAAUCUAUCGAACCCGGCAAACACGAGUAUCAUGCUGAAGCUGAAUUCCUUGCUUACACGUAUUACGUCGGCGGAUGUCGUCAUGUUAGCUACACUUGCAUCUGUGGCGUCGGCAAUAACUCGUCAAUUCUUCAUUAUGGUCAUGCCGGAGCACCAAAUGAUUACGAAAUUAAGGAUGGUGACAUGUGCUUAUUUGACAUGGGUGCCAAUUAUUACGGAUAUGCUGCUGACAUCACAUGCUCCUUUCCGGCAAACGGAAAAUUCACUCCUGAUCAAAAAAUCGUCUACAAUGCUGUUUUGGCAGCUCGUGAUGCUGUUUGUAAUACCGCAAAAGACGGCGUUUCAUGGGUUGACAUGCAUUUGCUUGCGAAUCGUGUGAUGUUGACAAAACUCAAGGAAGCUGGUUUGCUCAAAGGAGAAGUUGAUGACAUGAUGCAAGCAGGUCUCGCGGCAAUUUUCCAACCGCAUGGCUUGGGACACUUGAUUGGAUUGGAUGUGCAUGACGUUGGAGGGUAUUUGGAAGGUUGUCCUCCUCGCCCGAAGGAAGCUGGCGUUAAUCGUCUUCGUUUCGCGCGUACUUUGAAAGCUGGCAUGUAUGUCACUGUCGAACCCGGAUGUUAUUUCAUCGAUUGUUUAUUGGACAAAGCAUUUGCUGAUCCAGUUCAAAGCAAAUUUUUGGUUGCUGAAAAAAUCAAUCGUUUCCGUGGAUUUGGAGGAGUUCGCAUCGAAGAUGAUGUCUUGAUCACGAAAGAUGGCAUCGAAAACUUUACAUUAGUGCCAAGAACUGUUGAAGAGAUUGAAGCUCACAUGGCUCAACGUCUUCCUGCAGUAGCAACCAUUUAAAAGACGUUUUUUUGUGAAAAUUACUGUAUUCCAGUUCAUGCUUCUUAUCUAAAAAGAGCAAUAAAUAUUUUACAUUUUGUUUAAUUGAACGCAA